CCCCGUCUCUCUCUCUCUGCGCCCCCUCUUUCUUCAGCAUUCCCUCAGCAGAUGGAUUUUUGCCACUGCGGCUCAGCAGAGGGUGUCAGAUCUUUCCGAGUGCACCAGGCUGGAAAGAGCAGAACCUCUUAGCAACUCCUGCCUUAUGUGCGUGAAUGAGUGAGUAACUGUGCAGCUCUGAAGACGGGAGAGGGGGGGGAGAGAGAGAGAGAGAGAGAGAGAGAGAGCGCAGGGGAAGACAGGAGAAGCCGAGAGAGAGAGAGAACGCGAGGCAACGCGGUAAGGGGGAGAAAUGGACAGACCAAAAACGCAGCGAUUGCAGAAUUUUUGCAGCGCCAUUGGUUCGGCAGCCAGUCGUUAGGUUGGGGCGUGAUUUCAGCACCAAGGGGGACUGGACAGCACCCAGAGAGGGGUCUCCUGGGCAUCCAGCGGCGACGGCAGCAACAGCAGCAGGGAUCCCAGAAGCCGGCUUUGCACGAGAGAAAAAAGCAAGGUCAGUCCGAAGCCAAGCCAUGCACACGGGCCGCUCCUGCCGCUGCGCUCCCGGCUCCUCCGCGCUCCUCCUGCCUAUGCAGCGGCUGCUGCUGCCAAUUGCUAGCCAGAUCGUUCCUUAACGCCGAGGCGGCCGGAGAUCGACUUCGCUUUCUUCUUUUUUGGGGGCGGGUGCCCCCCCUCUGAGGGUGGAGGUUAUGAAGGGGGGUCUCCUACUUCCCCCCCUUCCUGUGCCUCGCAGUACGUGCCUGGAUAGUUUGUGGAUAUGAUCGCUGACUGGAGUCCGGGCUGUUGCAGUGUUUUGGGGGGGAGAGAGGGCUAAGAGGAGACCAGGCAGCGCCCCCCACAUCCUCCGAUUCUCUCCCCUCCCCAUUUCAUUCCUCCCUACCCAGCACGAUCUCUCUCUCUUUCUUUCUCUCUCUCUCUCUCUGUUUUUCUGGCUUUUGCCCCCUAUCCUCCCCCUCCCCCUCUUUUUUUUUGGCAUCGGUUCGGACACUCCAUGCCUGGAAGGAACUUGACGGCGUGAGAGGGGAGAAUUUCCGCCUUGCCGUUUCCUCUGUGUGCUCCAGCUCGGGGAUGACUCGCUCGGUUUAAAAAUGCUGCUUUGGAUUCUGCUGCUGGAGACGUCUCUUUGUUUCGCUGCCGGGAAUGUUACAGGGGACGUUUGCAAAGAGAAGAUCUGCUUGUGCACCGAGAUCGAGGGCGACUUGCACGUCGACUGCGAGAAGAAAGGCUUCACCAGCCUGCAACGCUUCUCGGCCCCCACUUCCCAGUUCUACCAUUUGUUCCUGCACGGCAAUUCCCUCACUCGCCUUUUCCCCAAUGAGUUCGCUAACUUUUACAAUGCAGUCAGCUUGCACAUGGAAAACAACGGCUUGCACGAGAUCGUGCCGGGGGCUUUCCUGGGGCUGCAGCUGGUGAAGCGGCUGCACAUCAACAACAACAAGAUCAAAUCGUUUCGCAAGCAGACCUUCCUGGGCUUGGACGAUCUGGAAUACCUCCAGGCUGAUUUUAAUUUAUUGAGGGAUAUUGACCCGGGGGCCUUUCGGGACUUAAACAAGCUGGAGGUGCUGAUUUUAAACGACAACCUCAUCAGCGUUUUGCCUGCCAACGUGUUCCAGUACGUGCCCAUCACCCACCUGGACCUGCGGGGCAACCGCCUGAAAACCUUGCCUUACGAGGACGUGCUUGAGCAGAUCCCGGGCAUUGCUGAGAUUCUGCUAGAGGAUAACCCUUGGGACUGCACGUGCGACCUGCUCUCGUUGAAAGAAUGGCUGGAGAACAUCCCCAAGAACGCCUUGAUCGGCCGGGUGAUUUGUGAAGCCCCUACGAGGUUGCAGGGCAAGGAUCUAAACGAGACCACGGAGCAGGAGUUGUGCAGGAAAAACCGAGUGGAUUCCAGCCUGGCUGCUCCUCCUGCGGAAGAGGAGACGUGCGAUCCCGGGCCCAUCCCGACCCCCUUUAAGAUCCAUGGCAAGGAAGACCCUGCCACCCCGGGCUCUGCUCCUCACGGAGGUACAAAGAUCCCGGUGAACUGGCAGAUUAAGACUAGACCUACAGCUGCCGGCUCUACCAUCAACGUGAAAGGCAAGUCCUCCAGCAGUACACCUUGUCCUGCCACCUGCGUCUGCCACCAGAUCCCAGGAGGAUUCAAGGUGAAUUGCAACGACGGCAACGUCAGCAGCCUGGUGGAUCUGAAACCCAAGCCCUCCAGCGUGCACGAGCUCUUCCUGAGGGGCAACAAAAUCCACACCAUUCGAAAAUCCCAUUUUGUGGAUUACCGCAAACUCAACCUGUUGGACUUGGGCAACAACAACAUCGCCACCAUGGAGAACAACACCUUCAAGAACCUUUUGGAGCUGGUGUGGCUCUACAUGGACAAUAACUAUUUGGACACACUCUCUAGGGAGAAGUUCAAUGGACUGCAGAACCUGGAAUACCUAAACAUGGAAUUUAAUGUCAUCCAGCUCAUCAUGCCAGGGACAUUUAAUGCCAUGCCCAAGCUGAGGGUUCUCAUCUUGAAUAACAACCUUCUGAGGUCCCUCCCUGUUGAUGUCUUUGCUGGGGUCUCCCUCUCCAAACUCAGCAUCCACAACAACUAUUUCCCUUACCUACCAGUGGCAGGGGUGCUGGACCAGCUCACCUCCAUCACCCAAAUAGACCUGCAUGACAACCCAUGGGACUGUAAGUGCCCCAUUGUCCCUUUCAAACAGUGGGUGGAGAUGUUGCGACCCAAGGUGAUGAUGAGUGACUUGAGAUGCGAGACCCCGGAAGAAUUCUUCAAGGAGGACUUUGAAUCCCUCUCCAAUGAGGCCAUUUGCCCUCAACUCAAGGUCUUGCCCACCUUGACUUCCUCCCAUAAGAACAGCACUGGCUUGGCCGAGACUGGGACACAUUCCAACUCCUACCUGGAGACUAGCAGGGUCUCCAUCUCGGUGCUGGUGCCUGGCCUUUUGCUGGUCUUCGUCACCUCUGCAUUCACAGUGGUGGGCAUGCUGGUCUUUAUCUUGAGGAACCGGAAGCGCUCAAAGAGGAGGGAUGCCAACUCCUCAGCCUCGGAGAUCAACUCCUUACAGACAGUCUGCGACUCAUCCUACUGGCAUAAUGGACCCUACAAUGCAGAUGGAGCCCAUCGGGUAUAUGACUGUGGCUCUCACUCCCUAUCAGACUGAGACAGCAGACUGGGGAAAUACAAAUACAAAAACAAAAAACCAUUAAAAUUUUAAAUCAUAUUAUGGGCAAUCAGUUCAAGCUCAGCAGCUAGCAACCUCAACUUCCCUCCAGUGGCUCAAAGCUCCCUUUUCCUGAUCUGUGCAUUGCUGUCUCGUCCGCUGAUGUGAAUGGACCACAACAUGGGAUGGGGCAUUGCCCACCUUAAAGCUACCUUCUGGUGAAAAAUCACCUACCCACUCACUCACCAAACUGGGGAGAAAUGCUGUGAGUGGAGGCCUGCUUCCCCCCCCCUUUUGGCCAAGCCUUCAACUUGAGGCUGUGCUUGGUGUAAAAAUGUGCACUGCAUAGGCAAUGGCAAGGAAAGAAAGGAAAGAUAGAAUGAUCCAGUCAAAGAGGAUGGCUCAACUUAGGGGUUAAAAAGAGAGUGAGAGAGUAAAUAAGAACACACUCUUCUGCAAGGUGACCUAUGACCAGGUGGAUCUAUGGGCCCUGUGUGUGUAUGUGUGUGCUGGGGAGACAAGGGCUCCCCCUGGCGCCCUCCCCAUUGCAAACAAAGCAAGAGUGUCCAGUUGCACGAAGGCAUGAAUGUAUUGUAAAUAAAUGACUCUGAUCUAAACAAACAGACAAACAAACCCAAGUUGCUGCAUGGUUCGCAUGGAUACAAACCACCCAGGGACGCUUCAGCCCCCAAUGGAAGCAGCGUCCAGUUCACCUCGUCCUCCCUCUUACCUGAUAAGUUCCAUCAUAUCAAACUUUCUAUAUAAAAAAUACAGUAUAAUAAGAAUAAAAAAGUGCCAUUUUGCCAUUAUUUUUGUGUGAUUGCUAGGCAGUAGAGAUCGUCCUUUUACUGUGAAACAAACAAGGAAAAAAUGUAAAGAUUUUAUUUAAGACAUGUUUGCAUGGCUAUACGCUCAUGGGUUUCAGGUUUUGCGUUUGGGGGUGUAGGAAAAUGAAUUACUUUGUUGGGUGGAUUUUUUCUGUUUGGGGGAGGGAGGAGGGGGCCAGUUUGCUUCUGGUUAUUUUUGAGUUUCCUUUGGAAAUUAACAUCUCCAAUAAUGCCUUUCCAUCUGAAUGUAAAAAAAAAAAAAAAAAAUACCCUCAGCAUUUUCUCUGAUGAUUAAAAGUGUUAAGCUAUUUUUUAAAAAAACAAAGACAUCCCAAGCAGUUAAGCAUGUUCAAUUAAUGCCACUUGAGUGCUUAAGCUGCAAAGUUGAAUGGGAGUAAGAUUUUUUUGUGUGUGUGCUCUUGUAAAUCACACUCUUAAAAACUGGAGGGAGAGAAAAAAUCUGAGCUGAGGAGAACGCAAGCGAGACUUAAUUAAUUAUAUUCGAGGAUUUUAUAAUGGCAUAUUUUUCCAGUAUUAAAGUGAAAAUGUUUUCAAA